AUGAGUGACCAAUUUGUGCAUCGCACCAUUGAACGCUACACUGAUACUGGUGAUGUUUUUGGUCGUGUUAUAAGUGGUCGUCCUCGUUCUGUUCGGACGAAAAAAGCGAUUGAAACCGUUCGUUCGAGAAUCAAUCGAAAUCCUUUACGGAAACAGAAAAUCUUCGCAAAAGAGAUGAAAGUCAACGCGCAAUCGGUUAGUUAUAGUUAUAUCUCGCAUAGUUCGAGAUGAUUUAGGUAUGCGUGCAUAUAAGCGAUUUACAAGCUAUUUGCUGACGGACCGAUUAAAGAGAAUAAAACUUGAAAGAUCAAAAAAGCUCCAACGAUCGUACGGUCGACAAAAAUGUAAACAAAUUUUAUUCACAGAUGAAAAAAUAUUCACCGUUGAAGAAAAAUACAAUAAUCAGAAUGAUAGGGUAUAUGCAACGUCAUCAUUAGAGGUCAGAGAAAAAGUUUCAUGCGUUCAACGAGGCCACCAUCCUGCUCAAGUUAUGGUUUGGUGGGGUAUGUCACGGCAUGGUGUUACACAAAUUCAUUUCUACGAGAAAGGGGUUAAAACUGGAGCUCGUGUUUAUCAGAAUAGCGUCUUAAAGCCUUUAGUGAAGCCUCUUAGUAAUUAA